GAGGCAAAGCUGGACAAUGUAAAGAUUGGUGUGAUGAAAAUCUGAGUGUGUGUGAUUUUGCAUGUGUGUGUACGUGCUCAUUGACCUGAAGUUUUUUUGUGGGUGGACACUAAAUGAAAGCUACACUUAUAAAAAUUACAAAACGUGUUGAAGAUCAGAUCUUGAAACCUCUGAUAUCAUCUUUUCGCCUGCACACAAUUAAAGAACAAGUUUCUCAGGACCUGCCGUCAUAAAAAUAAGAAAUCUUCUCAUUUGCAGGUCAGUAUGGGAGACUGGGGAUUCCUCUCCAAACUUUUAGACAAAGUGCAGUCUCACUCAACCAAUAUUGGGAAAGUUUGGCUGACGGUUCUGCUGAUCUUCAGAAUAAUGGUUCUUGGGGCUGGACUGGAUAAAGUCUGGGGAGAUGAACAGUCCAGUAUGGUCUGCAACAUCAACACUCCUGGUUGCCUGAAUGCAUGCUACGAUCAUGUCUUCCCCAUUUCCCAUAUGAGAUUCUGGGUGCUCCAGAUCAUCUUUGUGGCCACGCCAAAUCUGGUCUACCUCGGCUACGUUCUGCACGUCAUCCACAAAGAAAACAAACUGAGACAGCAUUUACAAAACCAGGCAGAGAAACAUGGCAUCAAACAACCCAAAUACACUGAUGACAAUGGGAAGAUUUAUUACAAAGGCAGCCUGCUUGGUUGCUAUAUGUUGAGUAUCUUUGUGACUCUUUUGUUUGAAUCAGGGUUUAUUGUAGGCCAGUACUAUUUAAUUGGCCUUUGGAUGCCCACACAGCUAGAAUGUAACGUAGACCCUUGCCCUAAAAUUGGCCUGCAUUGUUUUACAUCCCGCCCAACUGAAAAGAGCAUCUUCAUUAUCUUCAUGCUCGUUGUGGCGUGUGUGUCUUUGGCUUUGAAUCUAGGAGAAAUGUUCUAUCUGAUGGGUCGUAGGAGCCAGCACAAGAAGAAGACAACUGCAGUGGCUGAGAUUCAGAAAUUAACCCCCACUGAGACAUUUUGCUAAAUGAAACAGUCUGAAAUUUCAUCAUAUUUCCCUUAGACCCAAGUCUCGAGCUCGAGCCCUCCACCAUUUCCUAUUCUAUUCAUAGAUUACAUGAGCAGAGACAAAAUUCCACAUAAUCUAUGUGGGAAAAAAUCCACAUGUUCUGUGAGAGAGAAUUAUUAUAUAUGUGUUCUGUCCCAUGUACUUUUUAAACAGUUCAUGUGUUUUUUUCCCCAGGUGAAAUAAGGUUGACAUGUAAAAAUAGUGUUUACAUCUCUUAUAUAUGCCAUUGCAUCUGUUUUAUAUUAGCAUUUUUGUAAAAAAAUAAUUGGCUUGGUAGCUAAUUUAAGUACAUAGUUUAGUGAUUAUUAUUAUUUUAGCAGUAGCCUACAAGCAGUUCAGCUAUUAUUAUGAACAUAAUUAUUGUGAACAUGUCAUGUGUGCAAAUAAAAAUUAACAUAAAACAAAA